AUCUGUGUAUUAAACUUGAAGUGGGUUUCUACCACUGAUCUAUAUAAAUGUUCUCUAUAAAUAGAAAGCCCUCGCAACAAUCAUAUCCAAUGGGCGGAGUUAACGUCAUUAGUGAGAAGGAAUCUUAUUGGAUGAUGCAACUCCCGAGCAAGCGCCCUUCUGCUAGGCGCGAUAUUUAAUAUUAGAUUUCUACUACAAAUCUUAAUCCAGUGAAUUAAAAAGUGCUAUAAGGCACAAAACGCGUACUAUAUUCUUCUUUAAUGUACGACUAUGACUUUAUGUCAAAAGCCAGAAAUGGCAACCGGGAGCAAUGGGAUUUCAAGAUAGCACUGCUGCUGACUGCUAUUUGCUGCAAUGUUUAUUUUAGAAAUGGAUUAUAUCUAAAGUUACGGCAAAAUGGAGACACCAUUCUUUCUACCUCAGCAUACUAGAAUCAAGAACGCUUCCGGAAGUGUCUCCGACAGAAGGGCCUUUUAUGCGGAGAACCUACUAGAGACGGACAGCAGACCCAAAACCCAGGUGCAUCCAAAACACAACAGGCUGAAACGAGCGAAAACACAAAAAAGAUCGGAGAAUUUCACUGGCUGCGGAAACAAUCCCAUCCAUGUAACUGAGACCACCGAGUCCAGGUCAUUUUGUGAUAUUCUGAAUAACUGUAACGUUCAAGGAAAACAAUUUACAGAUGCUGCAAUACCUACUGGCGAUAAAGACAAUUCAGCUCUUCUUCCUAACGUUACAUCACCAGAUCUUCCCACAGAAAGCGUAAGAACGGAAGGACGCCAUUCUCAAACGGUGCAAAACGUUUCUCAAAUGCAAAACGAGGGAUAUAUGAAACGCAGUAAACUGACAUUAAAGAGGAUGAGCAGCAGUAUGAGUUUGCAGUUCGUCCCCAUUCCUGGAGAGAGAGAACGUGGCUCAGGUGACAAAAGCUUAAAAGACAUUGAUCAUUUUAGAGCAGAAAAAGAGGUGUUGAGCAGCUGUUUACGAACAAGCACCAGUGACAAGGACCUUUUGAUGGAUCAGCCGGAGGUUAACAUUAACACUGGACAAAUCCCAGAGAGCACAAAACAUGGUACUACUGGCCAAGCCCUGACUCUCAUCACUCAUCCGGCAACUCAGCACAUCUGUAGAGAACCAACCAACCUCAGAGAAAUGAAAUCUGGAUGGAGAAAUGAAUUAGGAAAUGAAAAGAGCAGUGAGUUGCUGGAAGAGAUUCAGAUACUCAACUUGCAGUUUCCUGUCCACAGGUUCUUCACUCUUCUCCUGAGGAAGAGAACUGCACCUAAGGAGGAUGUUUCUGCUUUGGAAGCAGAUGAAACUGAUGAUUCCAAGCAUCCUUCAGCUUCUGUCCAGAGAAAGAGAAAACAAGAGUUGGAGGAGCAGACGUGUGACAGGACAUUCAAACGUCACAGGACAAACAAAGGCUGUGUUUCUGCAGAUAAGUUGGAUUUUGAAGAAUUUUCAGAUGAUUUAGCCCCCUCUCUUGCAAAGUACAGAAACAGACUGAGCCGAACAAAACGUAGACAACAACAAACUACAUUCUGUGCUGUAGUCACUGAACCAGUGCAGAAUGAAUCUGUUCAUCAGGACCCAUGGCCUGGCCAUCUACGAAGAGAGGAUGUUCUCUGGACAGAUAAAUAUCAGCCUCAGCAGUCUAGUGAAGUCAUUGGCAACUCUGCAUCAGUAGGGCAACUACACAGCUGGUUGAAAGAAUGGAAAAUAAGAGCAGACACUGAGGAGAGGAGAAGACGACAAGAAGAAAGGAGGAUGAAGAUAGAAAAUAGUAGUGAGUCAUGGGACUGUGGUGAUUUUGAAGGUGAUACUGUAUCCAUAGACCAUGAACAGGAGCUGUGUAACACAGUGCUCAUGAUUGGUCCAUCAGGAGUGGGCAAAACGGCUGCUGUGUAUGCCUGUGCACAAGAGCUGGGAUUCAAGGUGUUUGAGGUGAAUAGCUCAGUCCUGCGCUGUGGUCGUCUCAUUCUCUCCCAGCUGACAGAGGCAACUCAAUCUCAUCAGGUGGACAUUCAGAAAAUUAAAACCCUCAAAUCUGAAAUCAUUAACCAAAGCAAAAUCAAACCUGAUCCACCUUGCAAGGAAGGCCAUAUGAGUCUUCAACUAAGGAAAACUUCACGUUCUCCUAGCAUUUCCCGUCUAAGCACUAAACCACAGCCAGUAAAACUCACUCGCUUUUUCAAGUUGAGUUGCAAAAAGUCUGUAGGUAAAACCUCUGAUGGUCCUGGACAUUAUAUACACGCUGGCAAACUGAAACCAGAUGGGCUUCAGAGAUCAGUGUCUUGUUUUAAGGACAAUAGACAAGGUGAUCAAAAAUCAACAUGUCCUUCUGAAGGUCCUACUUCACUUGGACAGAGCCAAACAGUCCCCAUGUCACUUAUACUAUUUGAGGAGGUUGAUGUCAUUUUCCCUGAAGAUGUUGGAUUUCUUGCAGCUAUUAAGACUUUCAUGAGCACAACCAAAAGACCAAUAAUUCUGACAACCAAUGACCCAUCAUUUAGUGGAAGACUUAAGGGGCAUUUUGAUGAAAUCCAUUUCCAAACUCCUUCACUGGAAACCAUCAGGAGCUUUCUGCAAUGUUUGUGUGUGGUGGAGAACAUGAGGACUGAUCCAGAGGACAUGGCCUUUUUGCUGUGUCAGAAUAAGGGGGAUAUCAGACAGAGUAUGCUCCAGCUUCAGCUCUGGGUCUGUAGUGGUGGAGGGAGCACAGAACUACAAAUUCUCAAGAACAUACUUAAAUGUGGAUGCUGGACUGAGCUGGAAAACAGCGGGUAUCUGGAGAUCCUGGCAGAGAAAAUGGGAGCAGGUCUACUGUACUCUAACAUCGAAAGUCUCUUUUCUCCACAUUUCUCAUCUCAAUCCUCUUAUCAGCAACAGUCAAUAAAUCUCAAGACGAAAGGACAAAAGCCAAUCAAAGGCUUGAUGUUACAGACCUCCACAAAUGUACAUGAGGUUAGACCAGACAGGCUCUCUACAUGCAGAAGAAAAAAACAUUUGUCAUCUUAUGAGCCAAAAACUUUUUCUUACCCACAUUCAACACCACAUCUCAAACUUUCCUCUUUGGAUGCAUCUUAUAAGUCCUCAGUCCCUUCAAAGCCAACAAAACAUUUGGCUUCUAAAACAGAUGUCCAUGGACAAGAUGAAUCACUCAUUCUGGUUUUUCAGCACAUGGUGUGCAUUGCAAAGUUUUUUGAAAACAUGUCUUUUCUGGAUGCUUAUUUGCAAAGACCAUCUCUCAGAGGAACUGGACUUUGUAAGUCAGAACCUCUUGGUUGGAUGGGCGCCACAUUGAAGGACGGUUUAUUGGACUUACCAAGAGAGGAGCAGAUCGGACAAUGUUUUGAGAAUUCAUCACAGAUAUUGGCCAUUGUAGAAGGUUUGGGUUUCCAUCAGUGUCGGACUGAACUCUCUAGGAUCUGGACAGAAGCCACAAGCCUCAGGAAGGUGUUGUCUUCAGAGAGAUGGGAACAAAUGAUUUGCACCCUGUCUCUGCCAUCUGACAAAAAAACCCUCAGAAUGUGUCGAUGUAAAUUCUGUGAACCUAGUGGUGUCCAGAAGCGCAAUGAGAUUGUAUCCAAACUGAUCUCCAGCAAAAAUUUCUGUCAUAGUAAUAAACAUGUUCUUUCCAUGGACUACCUGCCCACUAUGCGCUCAAUCUGCAGAGCUGAGAGAGUUAAAGAACAGCGCUCCUUAAGACAUUCACACUACCUCUCAAGCUUUCACCUGCCCAGAACCUCUCUGGAAUUCAUGGCCUUGGAUUUCCCUUGAUGUGUGAUUGACAUACUGCUUUCGAAAAUCCUCCAUGACUUCUAAACUCUUUACAAUCUACAAACA